AUGUCUGACGGUAUGCUAACCCCCACGCUUGAUGCCUAUGUGCCACAAUUAACUUCUCCAUUUCUAGCCGACUUCGAGGCCAUAAGGCGCCUUCAAGCAGAGCGAAAUGCUGCAGCCGCGAGCAAAAAAGGUUCUAAGACUUUCGAUGCAUCCAGCCAACGAACUGACGUUUCGACCAAGGCUUCCCUGACUGAAUCCUUCGAUACUACCCUCUACGAUCGCAACGGAACAGACAAAUAUGCAGAAUAUAACACUUCCAUUCCCGCCAACGGCGAAGAUGAGGAAAUAGAGGACGGAGAUGGAGGGUACCGUCUGACCGGACAGUAUACGGCGACAAGGGAGCAAAUGAAUGAAUUUGCUACCGGGAAAGGCGUGGAGGAAGAGGACAUCCUCCUGGGACGUGAGAAAUCCUCUAGGAUUUCAGAGCGUGAAACUGAUUAUCAAAAGCGACGAUUUAACCGUGCACUUACCCCGACGCGCGCCGAUCCUUUCGCUGCAAAUGGGAAUGAAGAGGUAGAAGGUCAAACUUAUCGAGAUGUAAUGGCUCUUCGCGAAAUCGAAAAGGAGGAGGAGCGGGUCAAAAAGCUGAUCGCGGACAAACAAGCUCAAGGCCAACAAAAUGGAUCUAUUGAACAUAAACCAACUUUGCAGUCGGAGGAGACUGAAUCGACUAGUGCUCCAAGUGGUGACCAACCGACUGAAGUGAAACCGAAAAGAUCUAGAUGGGAUCAAACACCUGUACCAAGCGCCCCAGAAGAGGCUCCCAAACGUCGGUCAAGGUGGGAUCAAGCGCCAUCUCUUGUCACAGCAACACCUGUCGGUAACGAAGGUCUUGCGACCCCAAUGCAUCCUUCCCAGGUGGCUGCACCUGUGGUGCAACCGGCAUUUGGUACUGAUAUUUCGGGUCGAAACACACCUUUGUCUGAUGAAGAGCUGGAUUUGAUGCUCCCUUCCGAGGGAUAUAAGAUUCUUGAACCUCCGCCUGGGUAUGCGCCCAUUCGAACUCCAGCCCGAAAGUUAAUGAGUGCUCCAGCGCCAAUGCCAAGUGUCAGUGGGUUUGGGGGAUUCAUGAUGCAAGAGCCCGAGAAUGCCCGUGUGAUGGGAAAGCAGCUCCCAACAGAUAUCCCAGGUGUUGGCGAUCUGCAAUUUUUCAAAGCGGAAGAUAUGCAAUACUUCGGCAAGCUUGUCGAUGGAGCAGACGAGAAUACCAUGUCAGUUGAUGAACUAAAGGAACGAAAAAUUAUGAGAUUGCUCUUAAAGGUCAAGAACGGCACCCCUCCAAUGAGGAAGACCGCCCUUCGACAACUUACCGACAAUGCUCGCCAGUUUGGCGCAGGGCCUCUUUUCAACCAGAUCCUUCCAUUACUCAUGGAAAAAUCGCUCGAAGACCAGGAGCGACAUCUGCUGGUUAAAGUUAUUGACCGUGUACUCUAUAAACUCGACGAUCUUGUUCGUCCCUAUGUUCACAAAAUCUUGGUUGUUAUCGAACCCCUCCUUAUUGACCAAGAUUACUAUGCUCGCGUGGAAGGUCGGGAGAUUAUUUCUAACCUUAGCAAAGCCGCAGGACUUGCCCACAUGAUUAGCACCAUGCGUCCUGACAUUGAUCAUGUUGACGAGUACGUACGAAAUACCACUGCAAGAGCCUUCGCUGUUGUUGCAUCUGCACUUGGCAUCCCAGCCCUCCUCCCUUUCCUAAGGGCUGUAUGUCGUAGUAAAAAAUCAUGGCAGGCAAGGCAUACUGGCGUUAAGAUUGUGCAGCAAAUUCCGAUUCUCAUGGGAUGUGCAGUUUUGCCGCAUUUGCAAGGCUUGGUGGAUUGUAUCGGGGACAAUCUCAGUGAUGAACAAGCGAAAGUCCGCACCGUUACUAGUUUGGCCAUUGCUGCUCUUGCUGAGGCAGCAAAUCCGUACGGUAUCGAGAGCUUUCAAGAUAUCUUAGGGCCUCUUUGGACAGGUGCAAGAAAGCAACGUGGCAAAGGACUCGCUGGCUUCCUCAAGGCUGUCGGUUAUAUUAUCCCGCUCAUGGACGAGGAGGGUGCAAACUACUUCACUAGCCAGAUCAUGGAAAUUCUCCUACGGGAGUUCUCUUCUCCCGAUGAAGAAAUGAAGAAGGUUGUCCUAAAGGUCGUAUCCCAGUGUGCUGGAACAGAUGGCGUCACAGCCGCUUAUCUAAAGGAGCAUGUGCUAACUGAUUUCUUCAAAUGUUUCUGGGUACGGCGCAUGGCGCUCGAUAAAAGAAAUUACCGACAAGUUGUGGAAACGACAGUUGAUCUGGGACAAAAGGUCGGAGUAAGCGAAAUUGUGGACAAGAUUGUUAACAAUUUGAAGGACGAAAGUGAGGCAUAUAGAAAAAUGACAGUGGAAACUGUCGAGAAAGUCGUAGCGUCCCUUGGUGCGGCGGAUAUUGGUGAAAGGCUAGAGGAGCGGCUUAUCGAUGGUGUCCUCUUUGCUUUCCAGGAACAGAGCGUCGAAGAUAUUGUCAUACUGAACGGGUUUGGCACUGUUGUGAAUGCACUUGGUACCCGCUGCAAACCAUAUCUACCUCAGAUUGUCAGUACGAUUCUCUGGCGCCUGAAUAACAAGUCAGCAACUGUCCGUCAACAAGCAGCAGAUCUGAUAUCUCGCAUCGCCAUGGUCAUGAAGCAAUGUGGUGAGGAUGCUUUGAUGGGUAAGCUCGGUAUAGUCCUUUACGAAUAUCUUGGCGAAGAGUAUCCAGAGGUGCUAGGUUCCAUUCUUGGAGCCUUGCGGUCUAUUGUCACGGUUGUUGGUAUCAAUCAAAUGCAGCCGCCUAUCCGGGAUCUCCUUCCACGUCUCACUCCUAUAUUACGAAAUCGUCACGAGAAAGUACAAGAGAACACGAUUGAUUUGGUGGGUCGUAUUGCGGAUCGAGGCCCCGAAUCCGUCAAUGCCAGAGAAUGGAUGCGAAUCUGUUUUGAGUUGCUUGAUAUGCUCAAAGCUCAUAAAAAGGGUAUUCGUCGCGCGGCAAAUAACACGUUCGGUUUCAUUGCGAAAGCAAUCGGUCCUCAGGACGUCCUCGCGACUCUUCUCAACAACCUUCGUGUCCAGGAACGUCAAUCCCGGGUCUGUACAGCUGUUGCAAUUGGCAUCGUCGCGGAAACUUGUGCACCCUUCACCGUUCUCCCCGCGCUGAUGAACGAGUAUCGUGUACCUGAACUUAACGUUCAAAAUGGUGUUCUCAAGGCUAUGUCGUUUCUCUUCGAGUAUAUUGGCGAGAUGGCGAAAGAUUACGUUUACGCUGUUACUCCACUCCUUGAAGACGCAUUAAUAGACCGCGACCAGGUACACCGACAAACAGCUGCUAGUGUGGUGAAACACAUUGCCCUUGGUGUUGUUGGCCUUGGAUGCGAAGAUGCAAUGCUGCAUCUACUCAAUUUGCUCUAUCCGAAUCUUUUCGAGACAAGUCCUCACGUUAUUGAUCGUAUAAUCGAAGCUAUCGAGGCAAUCCGCAUGGCUGUUGGAACCGGCAUUGUGAUGAACUACGUUUGGGCUGGCUUAUUCCACCCUGCAAGAAAAGUACGACAGCCUUAUUGGAGGCUUUACAAUGAUGCAUACGUUCAGGGGGCAGAUGCGAUGGUGCCAUACUAUCCCACCCUUGAGGAUGAGGGUUUGGCGAGGCAUGAGUUGGCGAUUGUUCUGUGA